GUAGACUCGUUUGAAGCUGUAAAACAAAAUAUUAAAAUAGGUGCAAUUUUUCACGAUGGAGAUGAAAAAUUAGAAUCCGCAUUUGAUGAAGCAGUAAGAGAUUUAAAUAAUGAAGGAAAUAAUUUUUUUAAUUUCCAGGCCGUAAAAAAACAUAAUGUAGAAUUGGAAAGUUUCACAACCGCUUUUGCCGGCUAUUGCAGAUAUUGUGAAACACAUGAAUUGGCAUUCUUUUACAUUUGUUUAUCAAACAAACGAUGCAUUAACACGUAUUCAAAAAACGUUACAAAAUAAAGGACGACAGAAUUACCCUAUUACAAUAAGAGAGCUACCACCAAUAUCAAAAAUCAAUGCUUUAUCAGAGAAAGACCGAGAUAAUGUAUAUGAAAGUCUCGUAAAAGAAAUUCAGUCGUUAUCACAGUUUAGUUUAUUAUUAGAUAUUGAGAAUGAAAACCUAUCUAAACUACUUGAUACAAUGAACAAAAUGGGUCUUAUGAAUGAUUAUUUUAUGUGUCUAAUCACGAAUUUAGAUGCAUCUACCAUAAAUAUAGGCAAGUUUAUUUCAAAGGAUUCUGUAGCUAAUAUAACGCAAUUCAGAUUAAUUCAAAAUGAUGUAAAUGAAUUAUCGAUAGAAGCAGCUUUAAUAUAUGAUUCUGUUUUUGCAUUUAGUGAAGCAUUAGAAAAACUAUAUAAAGAUAUUAAUUUUGUCGGAAGUCCCUUAAAAAUUCAGCCGAAACCAAUAUCAUGUCACGGAGAAGAAAAAUAUGAAGUUGGAUUAAAUUUAACGACUAUUUUUCUUAAGAUUGUAAAAUUUGGAAAAAAAACAAACUUGAUAAAUGAAAAAGAAAUUAACAACACUUUAACAGAGGCAGCCAGAAAUAAAAUUUUUAAGGUUACAACACGCGUGGGCCCGCCUUAUGUAAUGCAAGUGGAAGAUGAAAUUAAAGGAAGAUCAAUAGGCGAUAAAAAAUAUGAAGGAUACUGCAUAGAUCUUAUUGCUAAAAUUGAAAAUUUUUUAGGAAUUAGAUGUGAAUUUGAAAUCGUUCAGGAUGGUAAUUAUGGUUCUUUAAAUCCUCGAACAAGGCAGUGGAAUGGACUUAUAAAACAGUUAUUAGAACUUAAAGCAGAUUUUGCUAUAUGUGAUUUAACAAUUACCUCGGAAAGACAAAGUGUAAUAGAUUUCACAGCUCCUUUUAUGAAUUUGGGAAUUAGUAUUCUUUUCAGUAAACCAGAAAAGGUAGUACCAAAACUUUUUGCCUUUAUGUCUCCACUUUCUACAGAAGUUUGGAUGUAUAUGGCAACUGCUUAUUUAAUAGUUUCUCUAAUGCUUUUUUUUCAGGCCAGAAUAGCGCCUGGAGAAUGGAUAAACCCGCAUCCAUGUAAUCCAGAACCAGACGAACUAGAAAACAAUUUCACAUUAAUGAAUUCGAUGUGGUUAACAAUGGGUUCAUUAAUGCAACAAGGAAGUGAUAUUUUACCUCGUACACCAUCUAUUCGAAUGGUAGCUGGAAUGUGGUGGUUCUUUGUAUUAAUUAUGGUAUCAAGUUAUACAGCAAAUCUUGCUGCUUUUCUCACAGCAGUAAAAAUGGAAGAUUCAAUUAAUGAUGUGGAAGAUUUAGCUAAACAAACUAAAAUAUCAUACGGAGCUGUAAAAGAUGGUUCUACAUAUUCAUUUUUUAAGAAUUCCAAUACAUCGAUUUAUCAACGUAUAUUUAAUACAAUGACCGAAGCCAAACCAUCAGUUUUUACUGAAUCUAACAAUGAAGGUGUCGAUCGCGUAAUUAAAGGAAAACGAAAAUAUGCUUUUUUUAUGGAGUCAACAUCAAUAGAGUAUCAAAUUGAAAGACAUUGCGAACUUCAAAUGGUUGGUACACUGUUGGAUAAUAAAGGAUAUGGUAUUGCUAUGCCUCCAAAUUCUCCUUAUCGCACAAUGAUAAGUAGAGCUAUAUUACACCUCCAAGAAAAAGGGGAAUUACAACAACUGAAACAAAAGUGGUGGAAAGAAAUGGGCGGUGGUAAGUGUGCUGAAGAAUCUGAUGAACCAACAAACUCCAAUGAACUUGGAAUGCCUCAUGUUGGAGGUGUAUUUCUUGUAUUAAUGUUGGGGUGUAUUAUUUCAACAUUUAUAGCGAUUAUAGAAUUUCUUUGGAAUAUUCGUAAAGUUGCCAUCGACGAGAAGAUCACUCCAUGGGAAGCACUUAUUGGAGAAAUUAAAUUUGUUAUUAAUAUAUGGUCUGUAACAAAACCUGUAAAAACAGGUAAAAGUAGUAGUAAAUCAAUUUCAUUUCAAAAUAAUGUAUUUAACAAAUCUGAUUCGUUGAAUAAUUCAACUAUUUGUUGACUUUGUAUAUUAUCCAUUAAAAAAAUAUAAUUUACA